UCAGAUGUAGGAGCCUACAAUAUAUGACUUUGAAUGAAGUCUGGAUUUCGGGAUCUAUUUCUGAAGAAACCGGGUGUUUUCUAGUUGAUAUGUCAUAUACCUUCUUAAAGUCUCUCUGCCUCAACCAAGUUGAAUACCACAAUACACGAGGAGAAAUGCCAAUACGCGAAGAUAUGUGUAUUCACUUGACACUUCUAUCUCAAUUAUACACGAAUGAUUCAAAAUACCCUAUUGUAGAACGUCACAAUAUUGCUUGGAUCUACCUAAUUGAGACCGUUAUUGUUCCUUGGAUAAUGGUCGACUAUGAAAACAAUAAACUUAGUGAGGAGGCAGGCAAUCUUAUAGUUGAGUUCUAUCAAAACUUUCCGUUUAAUCAAAGCAACAAGACCAUAGUAGAUGAGGACAGGCUCGAGUAUGGAUACCAGGAGACUGGUUGGAUGGACGAACUUUACCGAGGGUACGGCGAAUUGAGACUUGGCAACAUAGAAGCGUAUACUCUUGGUUGACAUUCAAUAGAGAGUCAUGAGCUCUAGAAAGAUAGAAAAGCUGCAUUAGUGACCUUUUUCAAAAUAAUACAUAUAUAAAAAGCAACAUUGACUAGAACAAAUAUUGGGAGUAUCAACGUAAAUAUACUACUCUGGCGAGAUAAAACACCUUUC